AUGAAGAAGACGGCCUUAGCCACGGGCACGUCCCUGUUGGACACGGACAUAUUGCUGCGGCCCAUGGACAUGAGGCACCUUGGGACAGCCUCCCCGGAGCUCCUUCAACUCCAGGCCUCUGGGAAGCUGGACAGCGCCACCCACCGGGCCUUCCAGACCCUGGACAAGGACAAGAGCGGCUUCACUGAGUGGAGUGAGGUCAAGUACCCGCUCCUGGCCGGGAGUGGGCACCUCAGGCUCUGGAACCCUGCUCCGUCCACAGCCACCACUCCUACCCCAUUAGACCUCACACCCCACAUCGGACCACCAGCUGGCCAGAGACAGGGUCCCGGUCCACAGCAUGGGGCCCAGGCCCUGAGCCCCCUCUUCAGCUGGGCCCGUCUCCCCACCUGCAAAGUGGGCGGUACCCCCCCGUCCACCGACCCCAGCAGCACGGCGGUCACUCCACUGACGGAUGGGAAGGCUGAGGCCGUGGUCCAGGCAGCCAACAUGGACAGGGUUGGGAGGAUUGACUUUGAAGAAUUUUCUGAGUUGCUUUAA